AUGGCUCGCACGCGUCAAACCACCACCAAGCCAUCCCUCCUCUCCCGUUUGGCAGGCAAGAAGACAACAACCACAACCACCAAACAGUCCCGGAACCCUUUGACCGGCAAGACCAAGACCACAUCCACCACACACACUACUGGAACCACUGCCACCCACGGCACACAUGCCACCCACACCCACUCCCAUGGAACCCGCGGCGCAACUGCGAACGCAGCCGGAACGCAUCACACGCAGAAGAGAAAGGUCACAAUGGGCGACAAAUUGAGCGGAGCCGUGAUGAAGCUCAACGGUACUCUGACGAGAAGACCUGGAAAGAAGGCUGCCGGCACAAGACGCAUGCACGGAACUGAUGGCCGUGGCUCGCACCAUGUGGUUGUCUAA